UCCCGUGUUAGCCUGUUUCGUAGUUUACCUCGAUCCGGUUCAGACUGUUGACCGCGCUGGCCCAAAAAGCCAAGGUCUUUUCCUGUGAUUUGGAUAGGACUGGACUGUGAUUUGAUUUUUGAUUUGAAAGGCGUUUCUCAAUUCCUUUUCGAUGGUUUCCACCGGAACAGGAACGUCUCCCACACAUACACAAGGGGUCCCUGCAAGCCCUGAACGACAGGCUCGUCCCCGGUCUAGCGGCUUUUUCUGGGGUGUUCCACCAGCUGACAACUUUGACACUCAGUUUACUCCCCAAUCCGUGCCACCCCCAGGGACAAACGGAAAAGGGUAGGUAGUACGGAUAGUGACGAGGGGGGAAAAAAACCUCUCGAAGCAACGGGUGGGUUCCCCACGCCAACAAAAAUAAAAAGUGACAAGGGAGAGAAUGGAAAAAUUGGGUGGAGGAGACGCAAGAAAAUUUCGCAAAAAAAAAAAAAAAAAAAA